AUGAAUUGGCUCGGCCUCCUCGUCCAGCUGACCGUGGCUGGGCUGGCACACGGGACAUGGGACAACUGCGGAGGGACCUGCGGACUCCGACCUCCACAAUAUGUAUAUAGCCCCAUGACUUAUUCUUACGGCAAUGUGGCUUAUGAUUAUGGCAUGACACGUGUUGUGGGUGGUGCCAGUGCCACAGAAGCAGCUUGGCCCUGGCUCGUCAGCAUCCAGCACCCAUGGAUAGGAGGCCUGGGACAUCUGUGUGGAGGGUCCCUCAUCAGUCCAGACUGGGUCCUCACAGCAGCCCACUGCUUUGAUGGUAUGAGUAAUGCCAGCUUGGUCUCCGUGGUGAUUGGGGCCACCCAGUUCACUCAGCCGGGCCCUGGGGCUGCAGUGCGCAGUGUCAAGCAGGUGGUGCUACACCAGUACUACAACCCUAUCGACUACAGCUACGACAUUGCCCUGAUGCAACUGGACCAUCCUGUCCAGUGCAGCUCCUACAUCCAGCUGGCCUGUGUGGCUGAACCCACCCUAAGAGUCUCAGAGCUCAUCAACUGCUGGGUGGCUGGCUGGGGUGCCACUGCUGCAAGAUCUCAAGAUCCACCUGAUCGCCUCCAGGAGGCCAAGGUCCAGCUCAUCAAUCUCCAGGUCUGCAACAGCAGUGACUGGUAUGCAGGGGCAAUCCACACCCACCAGGUGUGUGCUGGAUACCCACAGGGCGGCAUCGACACCUGCCAGGGUGACAGCGGUGGUCCUCUCAUGUGCCAGGACAACAACGCUGACUUCUGGUGGGUCAUCGGAGUGACCAGCUGGGGGAAAGGCUGUGCCAGAGCAAUGCAGCCUGGAGUCUACAGCUCCACUCAGUACUUCUAUGAUUGGAUCGAUUACAAUAUGCGUGUAAAGGCAAUGAAAAGUGCUCCUUGA